CGCGGAUAUGUUUAUUUGUUGAGAGCAAUAAAUUAAAUUAGACAAAGAACUAACAACAAACGCUCUUCAGGUCGCAGUGAAGGUCGCCGAUUAUCAAACAUAUCGUAUAGGUACUCUCAGUAUAUGUAUACAUACAUAGAUAACACUGCGUCCAUUAAAUCAUCAAAACAGCGCGACGUUCAGUCACAAUCCGAAGGUAACAUCAUGCAAACGUCAAAGUUUAAACCAGUGUUUUGUUUGGUGGCAAUCAACAAAAACUUUGUCAGAAAUGUCGCUGUUAAAAGCGCAUCGUCGGAAGAAGUUAUUAAGGCAGUGGACGAUACACAAUUGAAGUCAUGGCAGGAAAUACCAGGACCGUCAUCACUACCUAUUAUAGGGCAACUUCAUCAUUUCCUUCCUGGAGGCGAUCUAAGCAACUUGUCAGCCUCUGAAUUUGGAGAAAAAAUGUACCAGACAUAUGGGCCUAUCACUAAAUUGACGACCUUUGGUUCACCACCAGUUAUAUUUUUGGGAGACCCCGAAAGUUCCGCUCAAAUCCUCAGGGGAGACAAUUGGUUUCCUAUACGAACCGGGUUUGACACCCUGGACUAUUACAGAACUAAAUACAAAAAAAGUAAAGCUCCCGAAUAUUCCGGACUACUGACCGACCAAGGAGAAAAAUGGAAAAAUUUUAGAUCUAAGGUCAAUCCCGCUUUGUUGCAACCAAAAACGAUCAAACUGUAUAGGACUGUUCUUGAAGAAGUUGCUCAGGAUAUGAUUAACAGGAUAAGAUCAAUCCGAGGUGAAAACAAUAUGAUAAAAACUGAUUUCGAUGUUGAGAUGAACUUAUGGGCAUUAGAAUCCAUCGGUGUAGUGGCACUUGGUGACCGACUGAAUUGUUUCGAUCCCAAUUUACCCGAAGAUUCGCCAGCAAGGAGACUUAUCAAGGUUGUGCAUGAAGUUUUCAUUCUAGCUGAAGAAUUGGAUUUUAAACCUAGCCUUUGGCGAUUAAUUUCUACACCAAAAUUCAAGAGAGCAAUGAAAGUAUAUGAGGAACAAGAAAAUUUGGCUAAGUAUUUCGUGGGAAAAGCAAUAGAAAAAUAUAACACCAAAACUGUAAACUCUGACGAAGAAAAAGGAGUCUUAGAAAAAUUGCUUGAAAUAGAUGAAAAUAUAGCACAUAUAAUGGCAUCGGAUAUGUUAUUUGCUGGUGUUGAUACGACUUCAAACACAAUAACAGCGUCGCUAUAUCUUCUCGCGAUUAAUCCAGAAAAGCAAGAAAAACUGCGAGAUGAAUUAAACUCAGAACAAAAGAGUCGUUACUUGAGAGCUUGCAUCAAAGAAUCAUUGAGAAUAUUACCAGUUGUUUCCGCAAACGCCAGACAAACAACUAAGGAAUAUAACAUAUUGGGAUAUCGCAUACCUAAAGAUAUGCUAGUUGUAUUUCAACACGAAAUGAUGUCCAAGAUGGAAAAUCAGUAUCCCAGACCUUUGGAGUACCUGCCAGAGAGAUGGCUUGUAGAUAAAGAAGACCCGCUAUACUACGGCAACGCACAUCCAUUCGCUCACAAUCCUUUUGGUUUUGGUGUUCGCGCUUGUAUAGGACGUCGCAUUGCGGAAUUAGAAGUAGAGACUUUCCUUGCAAAAAUGAUACAGAAUUUCAAAGUUGAAUGGUUCGGACCUCCGCUCAAAAUUAAAAAGACCUCCUUAAACUACACUGCGCCGCCUUUCAAUUUUGUUUUAAAAGACAUUUAAUUAUCAGAAAAUAUAAAAUUGCAUAUCUAGACCAUUGUUACUGGCAGAUUGUCCACCAUUCUUUUUAUAAACUUUAUAUUUUUUAUAUCUA